ACUGUCCCCUAACACAUCGCCAACACAAGACACAAGCGGAGUAAUUCAACACUGAUUUCUCUGCGAAUGAGCGAGGAACAGACGAGAUGCCAAAAACUCCAGCGAGAAGCAUUAUUGGGACUUUAGGAAAACUCGCCGUGUGACUAACUGAGAGAAACCGAGAAGACCCGAAGCGACGAGGAGGCGUAAAGAGCCGCGUGCUUGUUCUUCAUGAACUUUGAGGAGCGCUGUGACCAUGCAGCCUUUGAGCUAGUGCACGAUUAUUGUUUCCACUUAUCACCCUUCUGAGUGACCAGUCUGAGAGAGGAAGCCAGUCAAAAAGGAAAGGAAGACUAAUAAAGACAGUUGUCGUUGAAAGUAAUGGUCUGAAGACAUCACUCAUAGAACAGGAUUUUUUUUUCCUUUUGCGUUGCUCUGCUGAAGGUUUCUGGGAUCACUGGGACAUUCACGAGAGCUGGAGGGACACAUCCACAUGGUCCAGCCGUAGAGUGAAAGUAGAGUUCUUCACAAUAUCCUAACAGGUGCCACGUGAUGAUGGUAGAAUCAGCAACUGAGACCAUUCGAACCACACCCUCCAAUCAAAAUGGAGUCAGCAGUCUAAGCAGCCAAUCAGACGGCGGAGGGAGAGAGGGCGGGUCCAACGGUGACGCCAAUGGGGAGAUCAGCCCGGUGGAUUUACUGCACCUUCAACAGCAGCAGGCCCUCCAGGCAGCACGCCAGUUCAUCCUCCAGCAGGCCACAGGACUCAACUCCCCCAGCAGCAACGAGGUCAAACAGAGCCCUGUGCAGGUGCCUGUAUCCAUGGCAAUGAUGACCCCACAGAUGAUAACUCCUCAGCAGAUGCAGCAGAUCCUCUCUCCACCUCAGCUCCAAGCUUUACUCCAACAGCAACAAGCCCUUAUGCUGCAACAGCUGCAGGAGUACUACAAGAAGCAACAGGAGCAGUUGCACCUUCAGCUCCUUACCCAGCAACAGCAAGCAGGGAAGCAGGCCAAAGAGCAGCAGCAGUUGGGGAAUAAACAGCUGGCUUUCCAGCAGCAGCUGAUCCAGAUGCAACAACUACAGCAGCAACACAUUCUGAAUCUACAAAGACAGGGCCUGGUGAACCUACAGCCGGGCCAAGGAGCAGUACCCAUUCAGAGCCUGCAGCAAGCCAUGUGUCCCACUGACCUGCAGCAGUUGUGGAAGGACGUGGCCGGUGUUCAGAGCACAGAGGAGGCCAUGAAACAUGAGGGCCUCGAUCUGACCACCAACAGCUCCAACACUACCUCAUACUCGGCCUCCAAGGUCUCACCUCAGAUCCCCCAUCAUCCUUUGCCAAAUGGACAGAACUCUGUGCACACUCCAAAGAGAGACAGAGCAAGACUCUUUGAGUGGAUCUCGUCCUUCACCAAGGAGUCCAGUGAUGACCAUCUCACGCCUUAUUCCAAAGGCGCUCCCCUGCAGAGCACCCACUCGACUCAUGAGGAACACACAGCCUCUCACCCGCUCUAUGGACACGGCGAAUGCAAGUGGCCUGGCUGCGAAGCGCUGUGUGAGGACAUGGGCCAGUUCAUCAAGCACCUGAACAGUGAACACGCCCUGGAUGAUCGCAGUACGGCCCAGUGCAGGGUGCAGAUGCAGGUCGUUCAACAGCUGGAGAUACAGCUGGCCAAAGAGAGCGAGCGUCUGCAGGCCAUGAUGACCCACCUGCACAUGCGUCCGUCAGAGCCAAAGCCUUUCAACCAACCUCUGAACCUGGCCUCUAGCGUGUCACUGUCAAAAAGAGAAAGUGAGGGAUUUCCCGAGGGCUUGCCUCACCCCCCCACCUCUGCCGCAACUCCCAUCACCCCCAUGAGGCAGGGCCCCUCCGUCAUCAGCUCCUCCAGCCUGCACGGAGUCGGCCCCAUCCGUCGGCGCAACUCCGACAAGUUCUGCACCCCCAUCGCUUCAGAACUUGCACAGAAUUGUGAAUUCUACAAAAACGCCGAUGUCAGGCCUCCAUUCACCUACGCCUCCCUCAUACGACACGCCAUUCUGGAAGCCCCUGACCGACAGCUGACUCUAAACGAGAUCUAUAACUGGUUUACACGAAUGUUUGCCUAUUUCAGGAGAAACACAGCAACAUGGAAGAAUGCUGUGCGUCAUAACCUGAGUCUGCACAAGUGCUUUGUGCGGGUCGAGAAUGUCAAGGGUGCUGUUUGGACCGUGGACGAAGUGGAAUACCAAAAGAGGAGACCACCAAAGAUGACCGGAAGUCCCACUCUUGUGAAGAAUAUGAUUUCUGGGCUGGGAUUUGGCUCUUUGAAUGCCAGCUAUCAGGCUGCGCUGGCGGAGAGCAGUCUCGGUCUUCUGAACAGCCCCACCCUGAUGAGCAACAGCACAGGUGCGAGCCUCAACAUGCUGCACGUCGGCCACGAUGAUGUCAGCAGCACCGUUGAGCAAGUCAACAGUAACGGCAGCUGCAGCCCUGGCCUUUCUCCACAGCAGUACGGACACCAAGUCCAUGUGAAGGAGGAGCCAGCUGAGAUGGAGGAGGACAGCAGACCCGUUUCUCUUAUGGCAUCUGUCACUCAAAACCUGAGCAUGCCCGGUGAUGAGCGCGACAUGGAGGAGGAGCUUCCCACAGAGGAGCUGGAGUAGGAGGAAGGCUUGAUGGAGGCGGAGCUCACCGGCCCUGUCCCUCCCUCCCUCAUACGCAAGGUGUUCAAGAUCAAGUGAGAUACAAAGAUUAAAAAAAUCGACUACAACUUCAAAAACCAAAACAGGGUUAGACCUCAUCAGUUCACAAUGCAAAAACACAUUUCCCCCCCUUAAUUUUUGUGUCCUCCGUCAGUACCCUCAAAAAGGCCCUUUGAGCAGCUGUGCAUUGUCCUCCUGUAUUCUGAAACGUGGUCUGAUAGAAGUACGGACCACUGUAUCUAAAGCUACUGAGGAAAACCUGACAUCAGUAUACAAGCUUAGUCAUUCUCACAAGUCACUUAAGGUUUCUUUACUUUAAGUCUUUUUUAUCUUUAAUUUUUACGUUCUUUGGGCCUGAGAACACUGCUUUUCUAUGGGAUAAAUACACAGCGGUGAUUUACCUCAGAAAGAUGUUUGAAAAAAGGAAAAAGAUGACAAACACACAGAAUGACUUCUGAUUUCAACCGGAUUUUUGUACUCGUUCAAGGGAUGCUGCAAGACUCAGUAACUUUGCGGUCGCACAGAUAAGUUCACCACUCACGACAAAGGCAAAGACUGAAAGAAAACCGCGCUGAAAGACUGGUGACGGCAUCCUCGGCCACCCGACCAACCGUUUUUUUUGUUUUUUUCUCGUCUCCCUUACAUGACUGGACUAGAGAAACGGGGGGGACGCGUCCUGUCUCGAGGCAGGGUUAGCCUCCGAUCAGACGGCGGAUGCUUGCGCUGUCCCUAUCUUUAUUCGAUGGUAUCUGCAAGAAUCUGCCCAAACGCGUUUUUCCCCCCUCGCUCUUUGUCAGACUACACGUAGAAAAUGUUGCUACCCCCAAAAAAGGCGUAUUUCAGGAAAAGGAACUUUUUCGCUGUUGUUCUCCUGUGGUGCUGUUAUGACAGCCAGACUUGACACGAGGCUUGUGGAGGACCGGCUCAGAGACUUUAUUGACUGUAUCGUUGAUUAUAAUAUGUGUGCAGUAGCUUUCGAUUUGGUUUUACUUUCAUAGUCGUUUAUUUCUAAAGGAUCAACAUUUUUCAUUGUGAUGUAAUUCAACUAUUAUGUCUUCUGUUAAUGAUUGUUUUUUUGUUUUUUUAAUUCUCUCAUCAUUCCAAAAAAGGGGUUACAUUUGGGAGAGAAGUUCCAAAAUCUUUUAUUCUACGAACUCCAAAAAUGUGUCCUGGCAUUUGGGUCACGAGUUUUGAGGAUAGCACUUAGCAUUAAGUGAAAACUUCCGAGACAGAACCACAGACAAAAUAUAACCAACAAAACCACUCAAACAUUUCUAUAGCAGAGAGAAGCUGAAACUAAAGAAACGGAGGUGGAAUACGCAUUGCAGGGCUCCCUGUAAGAUCCUGGAGGAAAAAAACAACAAAAAAAAACUUUACAAGCACUCAUAUCUCUCUUAUUUUUUCACAAAUUUGCUUCAUUCGUUCCUUUAUUUUGAGAUUUUAGAUCUUAUUUUCCCAGAUUUGCGCCAUUUACUUUGAUCGUUUCAGAAUUUUCUGUAAUAGCCAAUUGAUAUCAGCUGCGAUACAAAAUAUUGCUUUAAAGUAAAAGAUAACAAGGUCACGGAAUACCUCAGACCACAGUGUUUGCCCCCUCACGCUGUUAUUACAAAGGGGAUCUGUACUGUGGCUAACCAACACGGUGACUCUCUCAUUAUCAGUUCAAAGUUCUAUAGUUACUAGAGAUAUAAAAGUUAUUUGCAAUUCACUGUGUGAGUAGAAAGUGUCUGAUUAGCAUGUGAGAUUUUGCUUUCGCUGAACUAUAAAAAAAAAAAAAUCGUUUCUCAGUAGUGCCAUGCCAAAUUCCAAGUUUUAAUUUAAUAUAUGUUCCUUUUUUUCAGUUUUUUCCCCAUUUUGCUUUUGUUACAGGUAACCAAAGAGAUAUUUAGUAAACCAAAAACUAUUUUUAUUUAUCAUUUCUUCUUCCUAAAGAACUGGCCAAAAGAACACAAACGCGUCAUUUGAAUAUUUAACUUUUCUUUUUUUUCUUUUUUUUUCCAGUUGAAUCAUUCGUUUUUUGACUUACACUACAGAGCAUUCCAAAAACCAAAGUGUAAAAUGCAAAUGCUUUUUUUUCUCUCUCUCUCUCUCUCUCUCUUCAAAAAAGAGAAAACUGUUUUAAUAUACGUUAACCUAAUGAGUUCUUAACACUACAUAUGUUUAAAGGCCAAAAAACAAACCGAAAAGGAAACAAAAAGCAAAAAAAGCAGUAUUAACAAGCCUCUUGCGGUUCCUUAGUUAAUGUACAAGCACUUAGGAUCUGGGAAAGGAAGCUCUCUACCCCAUCUUGUGCUCAGGCAAUUGCAGUGUUGAGAUGCAGUCUUCACCGUCUAAGAUUGCAAAGGACUUUACAUGCAAAAGGCACUUAAAUAACAGUUGAUGUACUUUGUGACACUAGAAGCCAGCAGCAAUUACUCAGCAUUAUGGUUUACUUCAAUUACCAGUAUUUCACAAUUAAAUGCAGUUCAACGAAUACCAAAAAAAGCAGGCAAGCACUCGCUUGUUAUGCUUACCCUGCCUGUUGAACAGUAUUAUUUACCACACUAAUAAGGGAUGGCUGAUAGGGACUCGCAUCUUUUCAAACCUGAAAGGAAUCAUCUUAAGGACUGUUUCCACCUUUUCUUACGUUGGAGGAUCCUUCUGUUCGCUUUUAAGCACGGUCUGACGUACCUGGUCUGUAUGUUCAUAUUUCAUACACACCUUCUAAACACCUUCAAAGAAAUAAAACCAAAAAUAAUGCUACCUCCUUUUAAAAAAAAAAACAAAAAAAAAACGGUUCGCAAAAUAGAUAGGCCAAUGAAAGUCACCAAUAGUCAUACGAAAGGUGUAACUCCCUUCUAGUUUUUCAUGCAUUCACGAAACACAGAAAAGAAAAAAAAAUACGAAUGAAACGCAAACACGCAUUGUCGAAAAAACCAAAAUACGUUUAUCGUUGCGUAGCUGUGAACGGAGUUCGUCGAUUCCUCUCGAUUCCGAAUUCGUUAGCAUGAACGGAAAUAAACGAACGAGACACAACAGGGGGGGGAAAAAGACGACUACCUCUCUAUCCCCUCCUAAAAAAAAAAAAAAAAAAAAAUGCUGAGUCCUGUUAAGUAUGAAGCAUUAAGUGGUCAACAUAUUUAAAAGGGUCUACUCCAAAUCACAUAUUCUCCACUUUAAGUGAUCUAUUAGCAUAGUGUCUAUGUACAGGUCCUCUGUGCGGAGGCUUAAUUGUGUGUUCUAAUUCCGCAUGCAUAAUGAGAGGCCAGGCCAAUGAGAGCCAUCGAGCUGGCCGGUCAUUAGAGCGUACUCAAUGGGCCAGUCAGUUGGGUGUCAGAAAUGAUGAUAGGCAGAAUGCAUUAACGCAGGCCACUCUCGCGCGGACCCCGCUUCCCAAUUAAUGCAAAGUGUAGCUUCGUGACGGCGGUGGAAAAAAUAGCGCGCGCACACACAUAGACCAUCCCUUAAGAGAUCAUCACGCUCUUGCUAAAACGGGCCUUUCUUUUUACCACGCGACGAAACCAAAAUAUCCAAAGAGAACCAACGAGCUUGUGCGACGAGAACCGAGGAACGCGAAGGAAUUGAAAAACUCACGAAUGAAUUGCUGCAUUCACUCAAUGGACUACAAUUGUGCUUUAAGGUACACGUGUAAACAAAGCUGUUUUGUAAGAUGUGGACUGAAACGCAUCAGUGGUGAUCGCCAUGACUCCUUUGUUACUUUUACACACGUUGUAAUGAUGUAUUCUUGUAUAUUACCGCUCGGCUUAGCUCUCAAGGGCAUUCCCUCCUUUUCGUGUUUCCUUUGCUCGUUUUCUUUCGGCUUUUAUUUUUUUUUUCUGCACCUGUUUUUAGCUAUUGUAAAGUUUUGAGCUCAGAAUUCCUAUACUGUAUUGCUUAUGCUAAAGUGUAUGUAUUUAUCAUAUUAUGUGCUGCAGGUAUCAUGGUUAAAUUUUGUUUUCCUUUUCCUUUUUCUUUUUUUUUUUGGGGUUUUUGAUUUUGUUUUCCCAGUUUUUCUGUCAUAAAACGUCUGGGACGAUGAUUUUUUUAGUGUAUUAUCUCUCGAAAAAAGACAGAUUAAGAGUUAGAUAUGUGGUUUAGGUAACACACCUGUUUGUAUAUUUAUCUUAGCUAGGUCUAUUUUGAUACUUUUUGUCUCUGUAGUGCAUUUAUGCAUUUUUAAGGAAAAAAGAGAGAAAACAAACUAAAAAGUUGAACUCAUUGUGUAAUGAUACCUCAGAAGGACUUUUCUCAUAAGACAGGACCAAAACUUCAGAAAAACAAUGAAAGAGAAAAAAAAAACAUUGAAGAAAAAUGUGUAGCCCUCUCUUGCUUAUAAGAAAGAGCAACUUUAAGGUGUUUUUUUUUAAUUAUUAUUAUUAUUAUUGGUCCUUUCAGGUGCCAAUAUGUGUACAGACUCCCUUUAAAGUCAAAUCAUUCCUUUAUUUACCAUGAGCACUCAAAGCUGUCUCUCAUAAGGCAAUAGCGCUCCAGAUUUAUAUAGAAAUUCUCCCAGAAAGCGUCCCUUCGGUUGUAUAAUGCCGAUCGAGAGCGUCUUUCUGAUUUUCUGGCUUCUCUGCACCCGUGUGGCUCUAAAACGCCAUGCUUUCAGGCACUAAGUUUGAUAAAAAGUCACACAGGCUAUUUUUGACCACUGUUUGCCAUUUGCUGUGAACUUGGUGUGGCUUUUCCACAGUAGCAUACCAAAUAAGAUUGUGAAAAGGCUUUUAGAAAUGCAGUUCAGCUUCAGUGACCACCAAAGGGAUUGUGGCUAGAUUUUUGUAUUCCGAAUCGAUCGAGUCUGCCGCAACUGUAACCAAACAAAUGCGUGACGAAGGUGAGCGCAGUGUUUAACGUCUUCUCCACAUCCUCACGCCGCCUCAGAGCUCCAUUGCCCAGUGAUGAAUAGCUUUGAGCUGCCGUUUUCUAAGUAAAGGACCCUUGCAGGGGAGCUUUUGCCUGAUGGUAUUAACUUCUUCGGCCAAUCAAAUGGAACUACCACUUCGACUCCUCUCAUUGUAUUUUUACGAAUGUGUGUACAUUUCCAGCAGUGACUUUUAUGUACUUUAGUUUCAUUUUAACUUGUUUGUUUACUACUUUCAUUUUUAUUAUUUUUUUUUUUUUUAUCUUUGUUUUGCUUUUUUCGGAUGAGACUUGGGGGAAGAAUAGGUGAUGGCUUUUGAAAUGGUAUAGAAAAUAAAAAAAAAGGCAUCUAGCCAUCCACCUUUGUCAUUCUAACCCCCGGUGACCAUGUUUAUGCCAGUCACUGCCGUUUUUUCUUCAUGCUGUAUAAAAAAAAAAACACACAUAUAUCUGUGUAUUUGUAACCUGAAUCUUCUUGUGUCUGUCCAUGCAGACAAUAAAAAACUGUACAGUAGGUCUAGUUGCAUGUAAUCUGUACUAAUUAUUGACAAUGGCAUUAUAAAAUGCAAUAAAAAUACUUAUUACACUGUCA